GUUCGGAGAACAAGGGGGGAGAGAGAGGUUUGGUUGCACUUGGGAGAAAAAAAACACAUGAAAUUGAAGAGCAUGGCGUCGGAAGAAAACAAGGGACGGGGGAGAGGAUAAGACUUUUCAAAGUUCGCUUUGAAACGUCGUUCAACUUCAAAGUCGUCUUCUUCUUCCACUUCCUUUCGCCGAUCGAUCGACCUGUAAUAACGAUUACGCAGACACGCACGAAUCCCACCUCCGAUCCGUCGUUCGAUACCUCUCUCUUCCUUCAACGGUGUGUAAGAGGAAGCACGGUAAACAAGAAGAACACUAAUCCUGAAGUUGGUAGAAGGGAAGAUGGUUUAGGAGAGGAGCGUCUAUCAUUCUCUAGCUCUCUUUCCCCUUCUCUCUCUCUCUCUCCCCCCCUUGGUCCUUCCCUCCCGCUCCCCUGCUCCUUUUUCUCUUACCUUUUCACCUGUUCUCCCGCAACCGACAAUGGACCCGAUGUCGGAGGAGCAAUUGGACUACGAGGACGAGGACGAGGCCUCCGCGGCGGCGGGCGCGCCCGGGGGAGGCCACAAGCUCCAGUAUCCCGGUGGCGGCGCCAUCUCAGCGCUGGCGGAGGAGGAGCUUCUCGGCGAGGAUGAUGACUACGACGAUCUAUACAACGACGUCAACGUCGGCGAGGGUUUCAUGAACUCCAUUCAGCAGCACCAUCCUCCCAACCCUAACCCUAAUCCCUCCAACCUACAUCCUAUCCCGAACGGCCUUCAACCCCCUCCUGCACCUCUCGCUGCACCAUCAUCAUCUGCUGUCGGUAGCUCCGGAUUUAGGCCGUCGGAACCGCCGGGAGUGGGAGUCAACAUUCCAGGCGUUGGGUUUCAGGAUGGGAAGAGCACGAAUACCGGCGUCGGCGGCGUCGGUGGGUUUUCCUCCGGUAAUAAUGAUUACGCUGCCCCGAAAGCUAGGGCGUCGGAAAUUCCUCUUGAUCCAGCGGCUGGGAAUUUGGAGCAUCGUGGAUCCAUUCUUCAGGGGAAGCCAGUAGGUGUUGGCGUCCCUGAGCAAGGGGGGAACAUGGCUGGGGGACAGACAUCUAUGCCUGGAGGGGUCAACAGAGGUCCUGGCAUCGUCGCGAGCCGGCCACCUCUGCAGCAGAUGCAGAUGCAGCAGCCACAGCCGAUGCAGAUGCAGCCUCAGCCUCAGCCUCAGCCUCAGCAUCGGCUCCAGAUGCAGAUGCAGCCGCAACAGCAAAUGCAGCAGCCGGCGCCGGCGCCGCCUCAGCAGCAGCAGCAGCAGCAGAUGCAGCCGAUGGUGGAGAGCAAUGGCAACACGAUGCUGUUCGUCGGGGAAUUGCACUGGUGGACGACGGACGCGGAGCUCGAGAGCGAGCUUUCUAAGUACGGGAAGGUUAAAGAGAUCAAGUUCUUUGACGAGAGAGCUAGUGGCAAGUCCAAGGGAUACUGCCAGGUAGAAUUUUACGACGCUGCAGCAGCUGCUUCUUGUAUGGAAGGGAUGAACGGUCACGUUUUCAAUGGCCGUCCCUGCGUGGUCGUCUUCGCUACCCAGCAGAAUCUGAGGCAGAUGGGCGCUGCUUAUCUCAACAAGACGCAGGCACAGGCUCAAGCUCAGCAGCAGGGAAGGCGAGGUGGUGCUAACAACAACGAUGGUAAUAGGAAUGGUGGGAUGAAUUAUCAAGGAGGAAUGGGUGAUAACCGGAACUAUGGCAGGAUGGGUUCGGGAAGAGGUGGGCAGGGGAUGCAGAACAGAGGUCAAGGUGGGAACUAUAUGCAAAACAGGGUUAAAGGAAAUAUGGGUGGUGGUGGCGCCCCGGUAGGAAGUGGUGGUGCUGGUGCUGGGAAAGGUAUGAUGACUGGUGCUUUUGGUGGCCCUGCAGUAGGUGGCCCGCCGGGCGCCUUGAUGCAUCCGCAGGGGCUGAUGGGACCUGGUUUUGAUCCAACAUAUGGUUCACAUAUGGGCCGGGGAGGCAUCUAUGGUGGUUUCCCUGCCCCUGCGUUUCCCGGGAUGAUGCCGACAUUUCCAGCCGUCAACAAUGCUGUCGCUCUUCCUGGUGUGGCGCCUCAUGUCAACCCUGCAUUCUUUGGUCGUGGAAUGGCUGCUAAUGGAAUGGGGAUGAUGGGUACUCCUGGAAUGGACGGGCAUCCUGCUGGCAUGUGGACUGAUCCAUCAAUGGGAGGGUGGACACCUGAGGAACAUGGAAGAACCAGAGAGUCUAGCUAUGGCGAUGAUGGAGCUUCUGAUUAUGCAUACGGCGAGAGCCAGGACAGAGGUGGAAGAUCAGGAAAUACGUCAAGAGACAAGGAAAGAGGUGGUUCGGAGCGUGAUUCUGAUAGGAGACACCGUGAUGAUAGAGAGGCAGAUUGGGACCGUCAUAGAUACAAGGACGACAAAGAAGGGUAUUCGGAUCACCGAAACAGAGAACGAGAUUGGGGCAACGAGGAAGAUUGGGAUAGAGGAAGGUCCUCCUCUUCAAGGUCUAGAAGCAAAACUAGGAUGUCGCAAGAAGAAGAAAAACGGUCUCGAUCUAGGGAUGUAGACUACGGGAAGAGGAGACGCCGGCCAUCUGAAUGAAGAAUUUCUCAGUUUUUGUCAUAUGACAUGAUAGCAGUAUUUCCCUUAAAUCCCAUUUGCUCACUUCCCUUAGUUUUCCUUCUGAUGUACUGCUGCCAGGGUGGUGGGAGUUACUUUCGAGGCUUCAAUCUUCCUUGGUGGCAAGACGAACUUGCUCCUUCCUGCUGACUUCUGGUGGCAACACAGUCGGCAGAAUUGUUGCAUCAGGGUUCAAACAAAUUUCACUACCAAACAGACAUUUUUGUUUUUCCUCAGGAUUCUAUGUUUACUUGUUUUUCAUGAUGUCACCUGCUCUGAGUCGUUCCUUGAAUAACAAGGCUUCAGUUUGGGCACAUGGAAUAUGGGAUGGAUGGAUGUGUCCUCCAGAAGUUGUAGUUUAUAUCCAACUUCCCAAUUCCAUGCAAAAUUUCAAAAGCUCGUGAAUAUCUAGCUGAGAGCUUGUGGGUUCCUGCUGAUUUGCGCUGGACCCUUCUAGCUGGAAAAUUUUUGGGAUAAACCCAUUGUCCAACGUCAUACUCCUCAUCACGGUGCUUCUUAUUGUACUGUUGGGCCAUCUUGUUCUGUGCCGCUGCAAGUCUGCUCUUGAUAGCUUCAAGCACCUGAUCUCUAGUUUGAAGCUGAAUAUCCACUUCAUCUGGCUGCAAUCCUUGAGGGUGAAAGCGAUGUAGGUGGUCUUCUGUACAUCACUUCAAAGGGAGACAUUCCAAAUGCUGAAUGAAUUAUAGGCAUACUCAGCCCAAGAGAGAGACUCAGUCCAGUUAUGAGGCUGACAUUCAGCAUAGCAUCUCAAAUAGGUCUCUAAUACCCAAUGAAGAACCUCCAUUUGUCCAUUCGAUUGUGGAUGGUAAGCUGUACUCAUUUGUAGCUUGGUCCUCAGUCAUGCAAAACAAUUUUGCCAAAAGAUGCUAAAAAACAAGGGGUUGCAAUCACUUUCUAUUGAUCGCAGCAUGCCAUGCAAUUUCCGAACAUGUUCUUGGAAUUCUUUUGCUACUUGUUUGGCAGAAAAGAGAUUUGCCAAGGCUAUAAAAUGUGCAUAUUGGAUAAACAAUCUACUACCACCAGUAACCGACUCCUCUUUGGAUUGGGGCAACCCUUCAAUGGAAUCCAUGGACAAGUCUUCCGAGAUUCUGGUGAAUAGGCAUGGGGUGAAGAAGGCUUACUGGACGAAGAGUUUUAUACUUAUGUCGUCAAUAAGUAUUGGAUGCCUUCAUAUAUUCUGAGUUUCUGUUCGUCCUACCAGUUUCCCUCUUCAUUCCUGGCCAAAAAAAAGUCUAGCGGAUUCACUUAUAUGUCCCCUCUUCCCCUUGAUGUCCCCCUUCUACUCCUUCAUGGAAAUGGGAAAUCAGUUGCCUGAUCAGAUUUGAAGUCGGUGGCACACAGACUGUUUUGGUAAUAAAGGGUCCUAGAAGUGCUAUGUGCUUAUUGUAGCUUGCACAUCUCCAAAGUAGGCCUGCACAACAAUGUGCCUUACUAAGUGGCUUCAUUUCUGUUAAUCUGGAUGAUCGCAUCUCCAACCCUGUUUAGAUUUGCUCUCUGGAUGUCUCAGAGUCUUUACAGGGCUUCUUCUCUACCUUGUAUCUUACCAGAUGUGGGUUUAUGCUGUCAGCAACCCUCAGUGUGGAAAUGUCAGAGAUUGUGUAUCCUUCCACCAAUUGUAUGUACUGUUCCAAUUGCCAUGUACUCUUCUUUGACAAUUAUUGUGUAGGGUCAGACACCAUGAUGUUUGUAAUCCUUUCUCUCAACAAAAUGCGGUGCUUGGGUUGGGUUGCCUUGUAACUGUAUUCUGGGUUACCAUGGGGUUAUACGUGUAUGUGGCUCACCACUUGCCCUACCAAUAUAUAUGUAACAUACUCUGUGGGUGGGAUUUGUAUUAUUUUCCUUUCUUGGUUGUUAAGGUGAUUUGGGAUCUUGUAAGUUUGGAAAGGUAGAUAUCGUGCCCUGUCUGGAUUGCUGGUAUUACCACUAAUCUGGAGAUACAGUAAUCAUCAUGUACUUUGAGCCACAGCUGGAAAUCAAUUGUACAUGCUUAUGGAUUCUUUUGUACUAGGGCUUAGAGCCCUACUUUGCUUUGUACUUGUAUUCUGGAGGUAGAUACUCUUUUGUUCUUGAUUUUGUAUUUAGCUUUGAAGUACCUGCUAAUUUGUACUCCCCAUUCAUGUAAGUCAGAAUGAGGGACCACAUUUGUAACUGGGAGUUUAUGUAAUGUGUUGCCUUGUAACUACAUUUAGGAUAAGUGUGUAAUUGGUUGAUGUUUACCUUUUUGUUAAA